UUACGUACUAUUGAUUUAAGUGAUAAUAAGCUACUGGGAUUACCAGCACCAUUUUUAUGGAAAACUCAACUAUUAAAAGAGAUAUUUGUAUCCAAAAAUAAUAUAAUCAAGAUGAAUUUAGAUGGUGCUAAAAGUUGGAGUAAAGUGGAGAAAUUUUAUAUUUCUCACAAUAAACUCUCUGAGUUACCAAAAGAGAUUGGGUUAUUGAUAUCACUACAAACAUUUGAUAUAAGUCAUAAUAAAUUAUUGACUACCUUACCAGAUGAACUUGGUAAAUGUUCCAAAUUAUGGGAGAUGCCUCAUGAUGGAUGUAAUUUAGAUUUAUCAGAUAGUUUAUUAAAGGGUAGAGUUCGAGAUCUUGUAGUAUAUCUUCAUAAUAGACUUAAAAAGGCUCAAUAUUAUUAUCGUAUGAAGUUGAUGGUGGUAGGUUUCGGAGGGCGUGGUAAAACAACUCUGCUUCGUGCUUUACGUAAGAAGUUUAAAGAAACGGCUGAAAAUAGACCUACAGUAGGAGUUAUUGUUGAAGAUUGGAAAUAUGAAAGACAAAGAUUUGGCAAAAAUGCCAUGUAUACUAUAAGUACCUGGGAUUUUGCUGGUCAAGAAGAUUUUUACAGUACACAUCAAUGUUUUCUAUCAAAUAGAGCUGUUUAUCUGGUAGUAUAUGAUGUCACACGUGGUAUAAGUGAAAUAGACCAACUCCAGCCCUGGUUAUCUAAUAUAUUAGCCAGAGCACCUUUAUGUCCUGUUAUAACAGUAGGAACACAUUAUGAUAAACUCAAUCCAGCUGUAUCUGAUGAAGUGUUAGCUGAAUUUGAAGAAAGAUUACAAUAUUUAUCUAAUAAACCUGGAUUUCCUCUUAUUUCAUUGAGAGCUAUGGUAGAUUGUUCUAAGGAAAAUACUGAAAUUGAAGAGUUAAGGAAAAGGUUGAAGGAUAUAAUAGAUAAUUUUAAAGUAAAAGGAAAGUUAGUUAUGGGUCAGAAGAUACCAGCAAGCUAUGUGAAAUUAUCAGAACUCUUAUCUGAAGAAGGUAAAAGUUGUGAAAAUAAUUUACCAGUAUUACGUAGAAAUCAAGUUUUGAAACUGGUGCAGAAGGCUGGUUUAGAUUUAGAUGAAGAUGAAUUACCUCAAGCCAUAAAUUUUCUCCAUGAAACUGGAGUAUUAUUACAUUAUAAUGAAUCAGCUCUACUUCUACGUGAUUUUUAUUUUAUAAAUCCUGGUUGGUUAUGUAGGAUGAUGGCGCAAAUCGUUACUGUACCUCAAAUUAAUCCCUUUAUUAGUCCCGAAGGUGUAAGUAUACUAAGGAAAAAAGAAACCAAGUUUACUUUUCCUCAUCAUAUGAUACCACAAUAUCUUAAACUAUUAGAAAAAUUUGAAAUAGCCUUACCAAGAAAUAAUGAUGAACUUAUGAUACCAUGUAGAUUACCAGCAUCCAAACCUACACUUAAAUUAAAUGUACAUUCUUUACCUAAAAUUGGUAUGUUUCUAGUUUAUUUCUUAUUGAAUACAGGACUGUACAAGUACAAGUCUAUCUCGUAG